AUGAAUGCAGAUGAAAAGAUGACGCAUCAGGACCUGCACGCGAUCGUCGAGAAUGCCUUUCAGCGUGCGGGGCGGCGGCGACGGGUGCAGGGCGCCUGCCACGAAUGCCAGGUUGCCAAAAUGCGUGAACGGGGCAAGCGACGGCGCGUCGACCAAGAAGGCACGGAGGAACUGCCCGUCCAGGAGUCUCAAAGCGAUGACCGACAACGGGAGUCUCCUUCAAGUCUCCCCGAUGACCCGGUUCAUCUAAGAGAACUUGUCGAGUCUUAUUUCGUGCAUGUCCACCCUCUCCGCUGCCUGAGUUUUAUCCACAAGCCAUCUUUUAUUCAGUCAUUGGACCGGGGUGCGGCAGAACAGGAAUUUGGCCAGGCGUUGAUGUGUAUUAUCUGUGCCUUUGGAGCUCGACAUUUGGACUCUUCUUCACAGGUGGAGAACGAACGACUCAGUUUAUCAUGGGCAACCAAAGCUCAGGAACUUGCUUUUCUCAAGCUAGGUAAUCCGAGUAUCUCCAAUUUGAUGGCAUUGGUUCUCUUAUGCGAAUGGCAUAUGCAGUUUGAUCAAGAGAGUACGGCGUUUAUGAUUGCGGGUACCUGUUCACGCUUAGCCCAGCUGCUGAGACUCGACUCUGAAGCUACUGACCAGAGCUUGACGGGAAUCCCGAAGACAUUACUGACCGCAGAGAAAGAGGCAAGGCGCAGACUGCUUUGGUCUUGUUAUAUCCUGGAUGUGCAUAUCAGUUCCGGAGUUGACUUGAUCUCCAACUGGCCUUCAUUACCACAGACACGUCUACCAUGCUCGAUUAGAGAUUUUAUACUGCAAACAGAGCUUGAAACAGGGACCCUUCAAGAAGGGAGCGAUUACAUCGAUGCACUUACUCGGUCAACCAACAUGUGUCUUGAGGCUUAUAUUGUCCAUGUCGUGUAUUUCCGGAAACAGGUUCUGCGCCUGAUUCGACGUUCCGACCCUAGCGUGCUCUCUGAUUUUACCCAGCUCAUUACCCAACUUGAAAAAUGUGGUGAAAGCUUCCCCAGACACUUGCAUCUCAACGAGAUCAACGCAUAUGUCAAUGAGGAAAACAAUCAACUCUCGUCCUUCUAUUCGCUCCAUCUACUGUACAACCAGUGCUUCUGCGAUCUGUACCGAGUCACUCUCCCAGGAUAUCGAUUUCCUUUGUCCGCAAUCCUUACAGAGCAGAGGCCCGAUAGCGUGCGAACCCUGCAGAGUCAGUGCGCGUACUACGCUCAAAGGAUCACAGCAAUUCUCCAGAAUGCGUUGAGCCGAGGGACCAAAGGAUUUGGUGAUCCAAUAUGCGCAAUUUGUGCCUAUGAAUCUUCCAAGAUCCAGAUUGUAUAUGCUCGAACCUGUGCAAAGGAGGACAAGACUGCUGUCACCCAGAACUUGGGUAUCAAUCUAACUGCCCUGGACAUUAUUACCCACUGGGAUAAGAAGAGGGUUGUUUUGGUAUCCUCACUCGCGAAAUUACUCCAAGAUUUCGGAUUUUCGGAUUUAGCCGGUGAGUGGCUGUCACGAAACAAAAUGAGAUCUCAAAGCAGCGAUGAUGCUCCACCAGAAACGCACCACCUACACCCUUUGGCCCUUUAUCGUAUGACUUGGAAGGAGAUUUCAUGGCCACAGAGGAUGGACACUAGUAUCGCGUCAGCUUUAUCCCGCCCAAGUUACUGGCCUGAUGCAGGUAAUGGCGAUAAUCGAGUACAGCAGAAUAAUCCUCACACUUCUGCUCAAAUGGAGGAAUUGCCUUUCGAUCUGGAAGGGAUGCCUUCAGUAGAGGAUCAGCUGCUGCCGGAUGUGGACUCCUAUCUACAAAUGGCGGAUGAUUUCUCGAAUUACCUUACUUGGGAUCCGUGGAACUUUGGCUACUCUUAG